UGCAAACUUUGUUCUUGCUUGAAUUUUAUUUUAUUUUUUUAUCUGAAUUAUAUUUGUUCAGUAAGGAUCAAGGAGGAUGUCGCAAAAUAACCUUCAAUCUUUUCCAGUACGAAAUCCUAGAUUGACAUGGGAAGGUUGCAGUGUAUUGCUUGACAUCAACGACGGCGACCGUGUGGUUUUUGCUCGUCUCACUGCCGGCUCGACUUUGAAAAUUGGAAAUAAGAAUUGUUCCUUGAAGCCGUUGAUUGGGUGUCCUUUUGGUUGUCUGUUUCAAGUUGAUAAUGGGAAGGAAGGGCCUUAUUUAUCUCGUGUUAUUCCCUCUGCAGGAGAUGAUCUUCAAGAAAAAGAAACUAUUGAAAUGAAAGAUGAGUUAAGAGACAAUCGAGCUAUUGUUGAUAAUAAUAAAGCCCAAAAUUUAACUGGUGAAGAUAUAGAUGCAAUGAGGCGGCAGGGUGCGACAGGUGACGAAAUUGUUGAAGCGCUUAUAGCUAACAGUGCAACAUUUGGCAAGAAAACAUCUUUCUCACAGGAGAAGUAUAGGCUUAAAAAGCAAAAGAAGUAUGCACCCAGAGUCCUUGUAAGGCGUCCUUUCACUGGAAGUAUAUGUGAGGCAUACUUCAAGAAAAAUCCCGCAAGAAUCGGAUUCUUGCGAGUGGAUACAUUGUCUCUUCUGCUUUCAAUGGCAAAUGUGACAUUCAAUUCUGAUGUUCUCGUGGUUGAUAUGGCUGGUGGCCUUCUUACUGGAGCUGUGGCAGAACGCUUAGGAGACACAGGUUAUGUUUGCAACACUUGUCUUGGAGACUCACCGUAUCCCAUGGAUAUAGUGAGGAUUUUUAACUUCAGUAAUCAAAUUUGCAAGAGGAUUGUGCGGGCUUCUCUCACUGAUUUUAGUCUACCUCAAAAUGAAACUUCCGAGCGAAGUGAUCAGGAUGAAAACAUGUGUAAUAUGGAUAUCCAGUCACACGAACAAGUUUCUUCAUCUGUUAUCAUGGAAGUAUCUUUUUCAUCUGAAAACGGGGUCCCUGAUGUUAAUUCUGAGGCUACUCUUUCCCCUGUGAGCAAGGUUUGCAAAUCCCGAAUAGCUGGGGAGAAGGCAUCCCAAGAAGCCUUUAAGUUGUGGAAAGAAAAUGGUUUUUCUAGCCUAAUAAUUGCUGCGCCAGAGCUUGAUGCAUGGAGCUUAGUUAAAGAUCUCCUGCCACUUUUGUCAUAUUCAGCCCCUUUUGCAAUCUAUCACCAGUAUCUGCAGCCUCUUGCAACAUGCAUGCACAAUCUACAGCUUGGGAAAAUGGCAAUUGGUUUGCAAAUUUCAGAACCUUGGCUUCGUGAAUAUCAGGUUCUUCCAUCAAGAACUCAUCCAUGCAUGCAAAUGAGUGGAUUUGGAGGAUACAUUCUGAGUGGGACUAGGUUAUGUAGCAGCUAAUAAUACCAGUUCCAUGGCAACAAUUGAGGAUGGGAAUGUGUACUAGCAUAGCAUUUGUUUGGAUUAUAUCUUAUGUUUCUAAUUGUGUACUCUAGCUGUAAACAUGCAACUCCUAAGUGGGAGGGGCAAGCUUGUGUUUUUUUAUUAGAGCAACUAUUACUUGCAGCUUGUAAUUUAUUUUAGCUGUAAGCUAUGAAAUUUUAAAUUUUUGAAUAAUAUGUCAUUAUAUCUUCAGUUA